AUGCCAGUUGGCGCCUACUUCGGCCGCGGAACGCCCAACACACCAUAUUUGUUCCCGGAGGUUUGGAAGAGCCUUGGUGGCGAAUUCCUGUGGUCUUCGGAAUGCUACAACGACGACGUCCCUUAUUGGCUCGACUUGCCUUGGGAGAAAGACUUGCCAGAGGACAAGAGGGAGGGGAUGCUUUUUAUCCCUUACAACUAUGAUUGUAACGACGGAAAGUUUCAUAUGUCGCCAGGAUUCGGCAGCUCCGUGGCCGAAACAUACGAGCAGUACUUGAGGAACACUUUCGACUGCCUCUACCGAGAAGGAGGCAAAAUGAUGAACAUUCCUUUACAUACGCGCGUUAUAGGUAAGCCAGGCAGAUCGGAGGCGUUGAGGAAGUUCAUGAAGUACGUUGCGGAAAAGGAAGGUGUAUGGGUUACGACGAGACGAGCCAUUGCGAAGCAUAUGAGAUCCCACUUCCCAUACAAACCUAACAGAGAGUGGAUGAGGGGCGCAUGA